GUCACACUUUGCGUUUGUCAAGGGAACUGCAGAGCGAUUUCACCUGUAUUUCUGUACAGAGUGUACUCAUUCAUUUAGUAUUUUAUCGUUUAUUCGUUCCCGAUUAAAGACAUAUUUUAUGGCUAUAACAGGACGUUGGAACGGAUAUUUUGGGAUGGGUUGUGCAGAACUUUUAUUAUAGUUUGCUCUGUGUGGACAUCACCGCCACCGUGGAAGAAAACGGCAGCUCAUGGCACCAGGCCUACACAAACUCGGGCCCCAGCCCCCUCCCAGCACCACCCGAACACUUGUGCAAGGCCUGCGGAGGCCAGUUUGACGUCGGAAGAACGCAUGUCUGCAUGGACUGCAAAAACAGCUUCUGCAGCCUCUGCUCGGUGCAGAUGGACCUCCGGCCGCGGAUGUGCCACACCUGUCAGCGGCUCCACGGCACCUUCUUUGAACGGGCCGAGUUGAUCAGGCUGAAGGUGAAGGACCUCCGUGACUAUCUCCACCUGCACGAAACCCCCACGCAGAUGUGCCGAGAGAAGGAGGAGCUGGUGGAGCUGGUGCUGGCUCAACAAACUCCCCGAGGCAGCGGCGGUGCCGAAUCCCAUUCACAGCCGUCUGUGCCUCCUCUGCCUUCCCUUCCUCUUGCAGAAUCUGAAGCCCUCACAGAGGAGGAUGAAGAGGGUGAAGAGGAGGACGAAGAAGAUGAGGAGGGCGAAGAAGAUGAUGAGGAUGAUGAGGAAGAGUCCACAGACAGUGAGGAGACGCUGGUGCUCAGCAGAAGAGCCUCUCUGUCUGACCUGAGCAGGGUGGAGGACAUCGAAGGCCUCAGCGUGCGGCAGCUGAAGGAGAUUCUGGCACGUAACUUUGUGAACUACCAGGGCUGCUGUGAGAAAUGGGAACUAAUGGAGAAGGUCACCCUCCUCUUUAAUGAUCAGAAAGACCUUCACAACCUGGUUUCAAAUACAAAAACAGAAGCAGCUGAUCCUGCUGAGCCCAGCGGCCAGGAGGAGAACCUGUGCAAGAUCUGCAUGGACUCCCCCAUUGACUGCGUUCUGCUGGAGUGCGGCCACAUGGUCACAUGCAGCAAGUGCGGGAAACGCAUGAACGAGUGUCCCAUCUGCCGACAGUACGUGGUUCGAGCAGUGCAUGUCUUCAGAUCGUGAAAUUCGGGUGCAGAGAGACAGACUGUCCCAUACAGGUUGUUGCAUUUUCACACACUUAACAACAUUUUCUCACAUUUUUUGAUAACUUUAAUUUUGCUGCAUUGUUUAUAAUUUAACAUGAUUAAAUGCACUUAUUUGCUUUUUUAAUUCCAACCGUGUUAAGGUGUGCCUUCCGAGUGGUGUUUAAUUCAUCAGUUGACUUUUGCACUUUUUUGUUAAUUACUACGAUUUUUUUCUUUAUAUCAUCCCUUGAUAUUUGCGUUACUUACAGUAUGUAAAUAAUAACCGAACAAGGUUUAAAGGAAAAAGUUAAAUAGACGUCCCUAAAGAUGUGUCUGUCUAUAUAAAGAACACAAUUAAAGAGGUGACAUAAUCUUGGACAUUUCUGGGAUGUGAAAACUGGGUAAAAUGGUUGACUUAAAUUGUUAUUUUGAGCACUGAUGCUCAUGUUGUUUCUGUGUUUAAGACUGUACAAUAGUUCACCAUUGCAGUUAAAACAUCACUAUAAUGUGACCACUUCAGGGGUCACUCCACUCUUGGUUAAAGAAACAGUUCACCCAGUUUGUUUCUUCAUAGGAACAGAUUUGGAGGAUUUUAGCAUCACAUCACUUGCUCACUAAUAGAUCCUCUGCAGUGAAUGGGUGCCGUCAGAAUGAGAGUUCAAACAGCUGAUAAAAACAUCACAACAGUCCUCAAGUAAUUAUUGUCAUGUUUUUACCAGCUAUUUGGACUCUCAUUCUGACGGCACCCAUUCAUGAUACAUUUCUUCAAAUCUGUUCCUAUGAAGAAGCAAACUCAAGUAAAAAUUGGAUGACUGAAGAUGAGUAAAUUCGAAGAAAAUUUUCAUUUUUCGGGUGAGUUAUUCUUUUGAAUAAUUACGCACAAUACCAGUUUUGGUACUUGUUUCUAGUGAGUAGGUGCUAUUUUCCAAGCUCUGUGCACUUCUAGAUCACAGACCAUUCCACUAUCUCAUACUUUGGGCUUGUCUUCAUAUCUUAGGCAGAACCAGUGCUUCUAAACUGCCAAAAAACCUUCUCUGUCUUGACAUUUGCUUCGGUACAUUCUUCUUUUGAUUACACCGGUGGCUAGUUCACCAUUACCAGUAAUACUAACAAGUCAGUGUUAGUCACAAGGUGCUCAUUACUGCCUACAUUUAUUGUUGUAUGAUUAAGUGUGUUAGCCUAAUAACAAGUUUUCACAGAUUGAUAAUCAGAACUGUAAAUGUUUUCAAAAGUAUCUUGAGCUCUCAUUUUUAAACUUGAAUACUCAUACUUCUUGACGAAUGGUGUUUUAAUUAUAUAAAAAGUACGAUUAAAAUAGCAAGUUCAUGAAUGUAUCAUAAUUGUGGUUAUAUAGGAAUGUUUUCAUUCGAAAAUCUUUGUCUGAUGCAUAUCUCUGAUUAUCUCAUAUCUCUGAUUCCUUGCUUUCUCGAGCUGAAUGUAGAUGACACUGAGAGAUCCGUCUAAACCAUUUAGUCCAUCUCUAAUACACAGAUGAUCUUCUAAACAAGAUAUCUGGCUUAAAAAGUUCAAUCUUUUCGAUCUUCUUAGUUAUUAUAGGAGAGUUUCGACAGGAUAUGCAACCUGUACAUAUUCUAUAUUUUGAUAGCUUUGUGUUUUAUGUAUCUGCAUAUUUAUCAAUCAGACAGCUACAUGAUAAAACCUAAAAGAUCUUGAUUA